ACCUCUCCCCCCUUUCUACAAUCGUUCGCUGCUCGCGCCCCUGGGUCUGCGAUCCCCCGUUCCUCAACUAUCUACUUUCCAUCACGUUGAACUGCAGCACGCCAAGUCAAAAUGUCCUCCAACACCAGCUGUCCAGACGCUUCUACCCUGCCCACAUUCGACGACCUGUCCGGCUUGCCCAGGAAUGUUAGUGUCGGCUUCGUGCCCGUCGGCAGGAACGGUUCGCACGAGGCGAUGAGUAGCUGCUGUUCGCCCGAGGCCGUCAAUAUCGCUAGCGACUGCUACUACUGGUGCGAACUACCAACGGACGGCCUCAACGGCUUCGCCUCGUGUCUCGUCCGUCGUGGGAUGGCGGAUGGGAUCGUCGGUGUGCAUGAGAGCAGUGCCGCCAGCUCGACAACUAGCCGGAAUUUGACGGGACUAAUACUGUGGGCGUUGUUUGUCACAAGCGCGCUGCGCCUGUAGUUUGGUCCCGGAGGAGUGGUGGCAGAGCAGGAGGAGGUGGCGUUGUGCCCGAUACGCGUGGGAGGGUUGUCGGGACGCCAAAUCACAACCUGCAUGUUUUCGUUAAGAAGUGGAACGGGUUGUCGAUGCUUACUCAACUGCGACUUUGCGAUGAUUAGACUUGCAGUACAGCUAGGCAGAAUUGGGAGAU